GGUAAAUCUCACUCAGUGUGAUUUAAUAUCAGUAUGUUGGUGCAGAAAUAAUACAUAUAUUUUAUCAUUUUUUUGUCACUUAGUUUACUGGCAUGGAUUCAUUAAUUUAAUUUUCGUAUUUGUGGAUGAUGAAAGAGAAGUUAUGAGAACACAAACAAUACAGUACAGUAUUAUUGUCACCACAUACUGUAGUGUUAGGUCAUUAACACAGAGUUUUCCUAUAGCUGCAGUCUUGAGGGCUGAAAUGUUAUGAUGUCUCAUUGUCUGGUGAUGUUAAGCAGCAAGGCGAGGUGAGUGUUUGAGCCCCCACUCCCCCCACCACCACCCCUACACUGGUGGCCCUGAGGUAAUGACGAUUUUCAUCCAGGGUUUACGGCUUAAUUAUCUAACCUGGAUUGAGCUGGAAAUCCUGGAAGAUACAUUUACAAGAAACUCAAAAAAAUCUGAAGCUGGAAUUAUAGAACUUAAAUGACAGAAACAUUUUUCAUCUUAUAUUUUAAGUGCCAUGCAACAUCAAAUACAGAAGGUGAACCUACCCAAGGAAAAGAAGAGAGUGGAAACUUUUGACUCCUACCGCCUUAUAUUAGUGUCUUCUAGUGUUGGGAGGAAUGUCAUGCUUCUCAUAUUCAAGUGGGGAUGUUCAAAACCUGAAACAAUGUCUUUCAAAGAAUUCCUUCUGACAGAUAAAAGCAUGCAAAAUAUUACAAUUAAAAAGAGCUUCACUAAGUUACAGAGAGACAAGAUUGAGAUAGAUCCCAGUGGUGAAACAUUUGACAUUCCCUUACUUUAUAAUUGUAUUCAGUUGGGAUGUUCAAACUUGCUACCUCGAGAGGAUCUUGUGUGGGUUACUCCUAGUAAAAAUAGAUUGGAAUAUCUCAUCAAUACAAUAAAAAAUUUCAGAAAUGAAUAUGCUCAUUUUGACCCACAGACCAUAACUCAAAAACUCAUGUUCCAGAAAGUGGAAGAAAUGAGGAAUGUGUUUACACAGGCUUUGGUUCUGGCAGGGUCAUUGUAUAAUAGACCACAGAAUGAGAUUGAUAUUCAUGUUAAAGAUAUCAGUAGGAUGAUCAACGGGAUUCGUGACACUUCUCUCUCUUCAGCAGAUUGUGAACAUUAUAUGGAGGAGAUCAUCACAAAAAGAAACUGUUUGGAAAGUAUAGUAAAUGUUACUGGUAAAGAUGAACUUAAACGUUUUUAUGUUAAUGAUUCAAAGGUAGACACAGUAUCAUUCCUUUCUGGAAAUCUGAGUUUGGAGUUAUCAUCAGUUUUUACAAGAAUGGAGAUGAUUUAUGUUUCAAAGCAGGCUUUCACCGAGGAACCCAAUCAUGAAAAUAUUCUUGAAAUCACAAACAGUAAUGGAAAUAAACCACCCUUUGUCUUAGUGGAAGGAGGAUCUGGUGUAGGUAAAACUACUCUGUGUAAACUGAUUAUCUCUUCAUGGUGUAAGAGCAGUGAUUUAGUUCAUGGAUUAGAUCUGUUUGACUUGGUGUUUCAAAUUGAAUGCCAUAAUUCUACCAUCAGCAGCUUCUCAGACCUUUUGUUAUCUCUGUUACCAAAGACUUCACUUUGUCUUAAGAAAGAGGACUUAAUAAGAUCAGUGCUAAGCUGCAAGGUCUUGUUUGUGGUUGAUGGUUUAGAUGAGAUCAACAACUCCUCACGUAAUGUGUUGGAUGAAUUGCUUAAUAAGUAUUUUAUAGGAAAUAUGCAGAACCUACGCAUUCUGUGCACAACACGACCAGGAAGUGUUGGGCUAAUGUACAAGAUGGUUCCCUCAGGUGUUGAAAUUUGUCACAUGAAGAUUGCUGACAUUCCAAGUGACAGGUUGGUACAGUUCAUCACAAAGUUGGAUCAAGAAAUGAAAAGAACUAAAUUAAUAAAAGUAAAUACUGGAAGUCUUGUCAAUUGGUUACAGAGGUCAACUGGACUCUUAGAACAUUCUGAGUUUACACUUAACAUGGAUUUCCUGACCUAUCUUUGGACUGUACAUUCAGAUACAGUGAAUUGCUUAACAUCUGAAACCAGUUUGUAUUUAUCUCUCUUAGAUUUCACACAGAAAAAACUGGUAGAAAGACUUAAGCACAAGAAAGAUACACAAAAUUUGUCAGUGAAGGAGUGUUAUACCAAAUUUUUAGAGGCUUUAUGUAGAGAGAGUAUUUUAGCUGUAAAAAGAGAAAGCAUCAUGCUGGGGAAAGAGAGCACAGAUCAUUUAGUAGAAGUAUGUAGAGAUUCUAACAUGCCACCAAAUGAAUUAUUUUCUGCAACAGUGGCUCACUGUAGAAUUCAGACAUUUGCUAGUUUUGAAGAAACAUUUUAUUUCCCUCACAAGGGAUUGCAAGAUUUCUAUGCAGCGCGAUAUAUUAUGAAAAGUAUAACCAACAAUGAUGAAGAGGAACUUAUUGAAAAUAUAAUGAAAGACAUAAAAAGAAUCUUGGAAACAGAGAAUUUGCCCACUGAAGUCAGCACAGAUAUUCUCCAAUUUGCUGAAAAUCGAAUUACCAGAAAACUAUGUGAACACAAGACCAUUUAUAAAGUUAUUCAGGACCUGCACGUGGAAGAUAAGGAAUCAAUAAAACUCAACAAAUAUUGUAAUGUUCUAGUACAUCUGGGAGGCCUUUUAGGGAAGAAAGGUAACAUGAUGGAAAAAUAUGCAGAAGAAUUGGUAAACCUGUUAGUAAAGGCAGGAGUUGUUGAACCAGAGCAGUGGUUUACCGUGUUGGCUGAGGUUGAGUAUGACCCUGUACUUGGUAAGCAUGUGGGCAAGGUCAUCACCCAAGACUUAUGGAGGGUAAAAGAUAAGAAUAUCCAAGCUGCUUCAGUGCUCUUGAAAGAUGCUUCAGUAGAUUCUAUACUGUUAGACAUUGAUAAUGACCCUCAAAAUUUGCCAAAUUUAAUGGAGCUUCUGCAACAAUUGUCUCAGUCUAAAUGUAACAUUCAGCUUAAUUUCCAUUAUCACUGGCAUCAUCCUCAACUGGGUUGUUCUGAUGAUUUUUUGAAUCACAUCAUAACACACCAACAUCAAACUCAAUUGCAAGUGAAACAGAUUAUGGGAUCUGUUAGCAACAUUUCUGGUCUCUUCCCUGCAGUAGAAAUUCUUUACCUAGGUCUUGGUAAAGACUAUGCACAAAACUCAAUUGAUUCUCUGGAUUAUCUGAGGAACACAAUGACCAAAUUAAAAUUCCUGUAUUUGCACGUGCAAGCUGGGUUACCUUUAGAGGCUCUUCCACAGUUACCCAACAAGAAAAUGAAGGUGGACCUGUGGUUUUCAGAUGUAGGUGACACUGAUGUGGAGUGGGUUGGAAAUGCUGCUCUCAAGCUACAGGGUGGGAAAAUAACCCUGAGGAGUAUCAGAUGCCCAAGAAGUCAAUUGACAAAAGAUGGAUGUAUAUCAUUGGCUGCUCACCUGAAGGACGUACGUCUGGGCAAGACUGGGGUGAAAGUCUGCUCUUCCAGAAUAAACACUGAGGAAGUUGAGAGUCUAAAAGAAUUUUUUUUAAUAGAGCUGAAAAAGUCAUUCAGUCGAAACAGCGAGGUAGAGGUUUGGGAGUUGUGAGUCUAACACUUGCUGCCAGUUGACACAAAGACACUGUGAUGUCACAUCUCAAGACCAUAUGUGACACCAGCUUGAAGUACAGAAUGUCCAGUAGAAAAACCACGUUCUUUUGUGAGAAAUGUGACAAGUCAUUUUGCUGGAAGAGUUCUCUCAAGAAACAUCUGCUUGUACACAAUGGAAUUAAAAACUUUAAAUGUGAUGAAUGUGGGAAACAGUUCUCAGUAAAGGAUCACCUCAAGCAACUUAUUCUUGUGCAUAGUUGUGUUAAAAACUUUAAAUGUGAUUAAUGUGAGAAACAAUUUUCUAGAGAAAGUGAUCUCAAGAGACAUUUGCAUGUGCACAGUGGUAUUAAAAAUUCUAAAUGUGAUGAAUGUGGGAAAAAUUUCUCAGAAAAGAGUACUCUCAAGAGAUAUAUUCUCCUGUUUACUGUGGUAUUGAAAACUUUAAAUGUGAUGGAAGUGGGAAACAUUUUUCCCUUAAGGGCAAUCUCAAGCGUUACAUACUUGUGCACGAAAAAAAUUUCAUUACAUAAAUUUUGGAAUAAUUUCAGCAGAAGAAUAAUGUGAUAUACUGUACAGUACUGUACUUGAAUACAGUGAUUUACAUCAACUUGAAACCACUUGAGUAAACUUCAUGAAUAUAGCAGAAGUAAACAAAAGUGACAAAUGCUACUUUUAUGGAUAUUAAACACUCAUAAUUACAGUACCUGCUUUUAUUAAGAUCAACAACAACUGGAUGACAAGUGGAGAAAUUUAGACUAUCAGAAUGCUACAAGAGGUCAAAGACACUAAUUGUGGAUUAAUAAUGUUAUAGAAAAUUUAUGAAAGUUGAAGAUUAUUAGGAUUCAAGGAAAUUCCAGGUAUUUUCAUUUUCCCUGACUGGUACAAUAUAUAGUAUUGUCCCUAUCAACAUCAAAUGCUGCUACACAAUGGUUAUUUUCAAAACUAAAUUUAAUGAAAACAAAGUCAGGUAACGCCCUCCAUCAGCGCUCUCAUUGUGGUGUCUCAAGCCGGGAGCACAAGGGGGGUUGCAUCAACUCUGGACAUGGUUACCCGUGAAGGGAAGUGUUAAAGGGAGGAAACCAUUGUUUGGGGUUAUUAUUCUGUUUGUGUCUUCUUUGUAUACUCUACUGCCUUGAAUUUUAAUAUUAAAUCUUUAAUAAAGUGGGAAAAUAAA